UUACAGGGAAAUGGCUCCAUUGUUGGAUUAUGUUCCUAAACUAAAAGAAGCUACAGAAGUUCAGUGCAAGGGAGUUUACUGUGGAAUGCCAUCAUACUUUCCGAUAUCUCACAUGCUAAAGAGGAAUUGGUUCCUUCCAGUAGGACCUCCCCCUGGUGCCUCCUCUAAACUGGUUCUUGAAAGUGUCAAGAAAACCUCAUCAAAUUCAAGAAACUACACCUUUAUUGGACGCUUUCCUCCUAAUGCUAGACUCCACCUUCAGCCAUUACCAGGUUAUUCUCUUCUCUCCUGGUCCCUUGAGUCAUUCAUUCCUCCAGUGACUCCUUAUGGUGAUGAGGGGUUAGGUUGCUAUUGCAUAAUGUACACUAGGGGGAAUGGAGUGGGUGAGACUAAACUGUGGAUUGAAGUGAAGGGUGAUAUUGAUGUGAGUCCAGUGCUGGAAGUAUCCCUAAUAUCAGUGUAUAUUAACCCUCCUUUAUCAACCAGUGAUGAGUUACAGCAGUUAUUAUCAUUAUUACCAUCAUGGGUAUCUACUAUCAGCUGGACUUCAGUAAUGGACAAUAUGACAUUCUGAUAUACUGUUAAUAUACUGAUAAUAUACUGAUAUACUCUCCGCUUAUAGUGAUUCCUAUAUAUUUGUAUUUUCAUAUUAUUGAAGUAUUAGAAUUUAGACGGUGAAA